ACUGACAGGCACUGCUGCGCCAUCAUCAGCCCCCAAAACCUCUCCAGGGAUCCGCUGCUGCUGCCACUGCGAUUUCCACACAAAAACAUAACUUUUUGUAUCCUUGGAUAAGUUUGUUUGCCCGCGUUUGGCGCCUUGUUUUUAGUGGAAGGGCGUUUUGUUUUUUUAUCCAUCGCUUUUACUUUUUCCUCCGCAGCACUUGGUAGAAUAAAAUGACCCAUGCAAGGUGUGUAAAUCCCCCGCAGGUACGGACGGAGCUGAGGAGCUUGUGAUCUCUGGAGCAGCAGGAUUGGGAUUGUGAGGACUGUUCGGUUAGACUAUAGGUGGGCAAAACUCGAAGGAUAUUUUUUAAACGAGGGGAUUUUUUUGGAGAGGUCGAACACUGAAUCCUUUUCACGCUUGGCACCGAUUUACGGAGACGUUGCGGGAUUUCGAGGUGCGAAGGAGACUGAACAGAGAAAAAUAAUCUUCUGGAUAACUCCCCCCCAACAAGGAAGCACCUAAUGUUGCACUCCGUGACUCUGCUACUGCUCUCCGGUGAUCUAUCCUUAUACUGGGAUUCAGUCUCCCACUCACCCCCGGAGGUGUGUGCGUAAAGGACGCGCAGGGGAGCGAAAGCGAGAGAGGGGGGCGAUUUCGCCAACCUUUCCUGGGGCCCUAAAUCUGUGGAAGCAGGUGUAUUUCAGGUGUAUUUCUGCAAGUCAAGAUGUCUCUGCUGCCUUCGAGGUUCAUAUACCUGUGUUUACAUUUUCUGGUACUCUAUUUCCAGCUACAGGAGUCCCAGCAGAGCCCUGCUGAUUUCAGGUUUUACAUCGAGAACCACACGAGGAACCCGGACGACCUGAGCCGGAAACAGGUCCGGAUCUACCAGCUGUACAGCAGAACCACGGGGAAGCAUGUCCAGAUCUUGGGGAAGAAAAUCAACGCCAACGGAGAUGAUGGGGGCAAGUAUGCUCUUCUUGUGGUUGAGACAGAAACCUUUGGGAGUCACAUUCGAAUCAAAGGAAAAGAGAGCGAACAUUACAUUUGCAUGAACGAGAAAGGCAAAAUAGUGGGAAGGCCUGACGGAAGGAAGCAGGAGUGCGUCUUUGUCGAGGAAUUCCUGGAAAACAACUACACAGCUCUUGUGUCGGCCAAGUACAAAGGAUGGUACCUCGGGUUCAAUCGGAAGGGGCGGCCCAAGAAAGGCUCGCGGACCACGCAGAGGCAACAGGAAGUCCACUUCAUGAAGCGCCAGCCAAAGGGCACGGUGGACCCACUGGAGGAGUUUCGUUUCACCACAGUAACUAAGCGGACACGAAGGGCUCGGCGAUUAAAACCCAACCCCAAGAGGAACUGAUGGGACCAAUGGGACAGCACUAAUUUUCCUCGGUGGGGGAAAAAAACUGUAACUGAAAAUCUCAAGCUUCUUGUCUUAAAAGAAUCACCUUAAAGACUUCACUUCUGUAAAAGAAAGACAGACAAAAAGAACAAAAAAAAAAAGUCAAAGAUGUUUUAUUUUUGUAUUUCAGGAUGACUGAAUAUUUCCUAAUUCUUGGAUUCUUCUGGGUUGAUGUCAUUGUGCUAACGUGUCUGUCAUGUUAUUUAUACUGGAUAAACUAAAGGACUUCUGAGAGAAUUCCUGCCGCCGUCGUCCUCAGCUACGUUUGAACUGCACGCUGAAGGCACACUUUCUCUUUGACAAUGGGGGCCGAAGCAGGAGCUGACGCAAUGUUAUAAAAAUCAGCCAACUAGAGAUUUAUUGGAAUACCUGUCGGUUUUUGUUUGAGUUGCCCCUGACAACGCGGAUCCCAUACUUUCCACUGGAAUCAGACACCAUGGAGAUGGAACGGAGAGAGGUGGCAGUCGCAGGUGACACUGUGCUGCCGGGAUAACUGUGUAGCUUUGAGUGCAAUAUUUUACAGGUCUCUCUCCUUCUCUUCCUCUUUUUUUUUUCCAUAUGUCUCUCAACCUCAGCUUCACUCAUGGCUCCUGGAAUGCGCUGUACCCUCCGAGUACUGUGUGUGAUUUCCUUGACAUUUCCAUGCAGCUUGUGAUUCAGCUAAAACACGGCAUGCUUUGACUAGUCAGGCACCAGCCGCGGCUUUGGUCUUGUGUAAACACUGAAACAAAAAAAAAAACCCAAUACAAACAAAAAAAUAA